AUGAUCGUAACGUUUGCUUCCAAUGUCGAAACUCACUACAUGGGCUACAUUGUGGUGUGUCCAGCCGGAGAGAAGGCCAUUCUCGAGAAAAAACGAGGUGGUUGGUGUUACAUUCAUUGUAAGCUGAAAACACCUUCCUCAUCAUCCUCGUCCGAUGCUAAUACUUCAUCAAGAACAACAAGCGAUCUGAAUGAAUCUACAACAACAACAACAAAUACCAACACCUCUUCCGAUAUUCCUGUACCAUCAUCAUUAUCAUCCUAUUCAUGGGGAACACUGAGAGUUCCUGCAAUCUAUCUCAAUCUCGAUGAAGAGGCUGUACGAAAAUUGGAUGAUCAAUUCUCUCAUGUGGGGGGUAGCAACGACACCACAACAUUCACGAAACAAGAUGAGGAUGAAUUGAAUCCGUUGGAAUGUGUGGCCUAUAAACAACCCGAAAGUCUUGUAAAUAAUAAUAAUUCAUCAUCAUCAUCAACAUCUUCAACAACAACAGCCUCCUCUACAGGACUCUCCACCCUCAAAAAACUCUUAUUGAAUGCUGCAGCCGGUAAAAACUUUAUGGAAGAGGAUUCAGAUGCUGCUCUCGAUCCGAGAGUGGACAGCUCCAAAAGAAGAACUUCCAUGAAGGGAGGAAACAACAACGCUAAUAGUUCUACACGAGAGAGUUCCAAUAAUGAAGAAGAAUCAAAAUCAGUUUCCACCCAUUCAUCAUCAUCAUCAGCGAGAAAAUCAGCACACUUAACGAGUUUAAAACCAACCAAAGAUACUUCUAAUGCCUUAAUUUUGGGAUCCUACCGUUCAUAUCUCGACUCAGCAUCAUUGUUCGAUCAAUUGGUAUUCAAUCAUCAAGGCAGUAAGAAUUCUGGAAUAACAACAACCACGACAGCAACAACGACAACAAGUACUGCAACAUCAACAACCACGACCUCUGUUUCUCCAAGUCAUGAGGAGAAAACAUCAACAAUUUCGGAAAGGCUUCAAGAGAAUGGUGCUAUUAUAGUGGAACAAUCUCAACAAAAAACACAAGAUAACCAACCAGUGGAAAAAGAAGUUGUUUCUGAAGCUUUUCCAAGUGUCACACCCGUUUUGGAUAAUACUAAUGAGGCUGUAUCUCCUGUCAAUAAGAAAGAGGAAAAGGCCACCCCAAGUACUUUACCAAAAACUGGAGAUAUGUGGCAAGAGCAAGAAGACGAUUUGGAAACCUUUGAUGCAGAGACUGAGACAGACGCAGAUUUUAUUCUUCCCUUCUCAAAACUUGAAACGUUUGAGAAUGAAGAUUUUGAUCUUGAAGACCUGUUGGCUCUCUCUGAAUUAGCAGAAAUGGAAAAUUAUGAACCAAAUGUUGAUCAACAACAAUUAGAAUUGUACAAAACGAAACUUCCACACUUUUUCGAUUUUGAUCCUAAUAUUGAUGAGAGAAAGAAGAGAUUAUUACAUCAUAUAACUCUUCAACAUGCUGCUCGUAAAUUGGUCGAUGUUGGAGCAGACUACUAUUUAAAAUUGGCCAUUCAACAAGGUUUGGACAGGGCUCGAGGCAAACAGACCAACAGAAAGGCCACAAUUUUCUCAGGAGUGUCACCACUGAAAUAUCAAGACUUUAAAAAAUUCUCUGUUGAAGAAGCAGGAAAACUCAUCUAUCGUGUUUUUACAGAAUGGUGGAAAUUGAAAAAGUUUGUUAAUUAUUUGAGGGUCGCUCCAGAGUUUAAACAACAGAGAUUGAGACAAAGCUGUUUGAAAGAAAUUCUCUCAACAGAACGAAGUUACGUGAAUCAACUUGAAACACUUUACUAUGAUUUUUUUCUGCCCAUGAAGAAAAAUAAUUUUGCAAUUUUCAACCAUUACCAAUCUGGUCCAAAUAUCAAUGCCACAAAUAUUGUAUUGCGUGACGGAUUGACUCCAGAAAUGCAGUACAACUCUAUUUUCAGUAAUAUUGAACAAAUUUUGAAAACGAACACAGCGCUCUUACACGAUCUUGAGAUGGACUGGAAAAUGCACUGGCCUAAAAAUCAUUUCCCUUCAAUUUUCAAAAAGAUUUUGCCGUUCUUAAAAGUUUACACAGUAUAUGUAAAUAACUAUGAAAAGGCUAAUGAAUUAGUGGAAGAGUUAAUACUGAGAAAUCCAAAAUUUAAUGAAUUUGUGGAAAGUGUUUAUGAAAAGAAGGGAGUGACUCUUCAGAGCUUGUUAAUUACUCCUGUUCAGAGAAUACCCAGAUUGAAAAUGCUGUUUAGUGAGCUAUUGAAGAGAACCAUUCCAGAACAUGUCGAAUAUAAUGUGAUUGUAGAAACUUUGGCUAUAUUGAAUGAAUUGGCACUAUUCGUGAAUGAAAAGAAGCGACACGAUGAAAAUAACAUUACAUUCCUCAGAUUACAACAAAUUUUGAAGAAACGUUUCAACAAUUUGGUCACACCUCACAGAAAAUACUUGAAGAAGGAUGAUUUUCGAGUUCGAUGCUCUAGAAAAUUUUUAAAUUCUAACUGUGAAGUCUACCUAUGUAAUGACAUGAUGAUUUGUAUCCCAAUGACAGCUGAUAGAGGGUUAAGAGUAGAUUAUACACAUUUCAUUUUUUUCACAUUUUCAGAAAUGGAUCCUAAAACGGAAGAAGAACUCAACGAUGAAGAACGCAAAGAUUUCACCAUCAGAACAUUCUUAAAGAGUUCCAUUUACACUUUUAAAUUUGAAGCCAUUAAUGGAACAGAAAGAAUCAAAUGGGAGAAAGACCUUCGAGAACUCAUUGAAAUGGAACACACUCGAUGUCGUAAAUAUGGCAUCAAAACAUUUGGUACACACAUUGAUGAAAUGAGUGCUCGAGAAAAGUCAUCAAAAGCUACAUCAAGUGGCAUAUCUUCAAGUAAUCAUACAUCUAGCUCUUACAGUGACAGUAAUAACCCAACUGCUACUUUUUCAGAUUCUGCAACUUCCAAUCAUGCGAACAGUGCAGCUUCUUCCUCUUCUGGUAGUAUUGGUUCGAAUCCAAUUGUAAGCUUGAGACAGCAUCUUAGUAACGCAGUGGGGAAUAAGGAAGAAACAUCUAUCAUGAUUCAAGAUAGAAGAAUUAGAUUGUACAAUAGAUCAAAAAUUAACAACUCAAAAUUAAGCUCAACUCAGCAAAGACACAAAACUGUAAAGCAUGAAAUGUACACACUCAGCAAGACCAUCCGAGAACAAAAAAAUCAAAUUGCAGAACUGGAAAAGAUGAUGCGUGCCAAUCAAGAAAAGUACAAUCAAUACGAAACAGAAUUUUCCGAAGUUGAAAAGAAUCUCGUGACACACGAACAAGAAAAGAAAACCACAGAUGCUGAGCUAUUGGAAGUGGAUUCCAAAUUGAUGGCAGCGUUGGGCAAUGAGGUUUGCAGUUUUGUGGAAAUAUUUGGAUCAGAUCCAGUCUGUGAUUCAAAUAAGGAAAAAUAUGUGAGGCCAAUUGAUGAUCAUCAUGAUAGUGUUGCCACAUUGAAACCUAUUAAGGUUAGCGAGCUUUCCACAUCAACUUCCAAUGACAAAGAUUCACAGCAGCAAAGAAAACCAAUCAUUGGUGGAAUUGAUGAAUUGAAAGAAACCACUGAAAAGGAAUUUAUUGUUCCAUCUCUCGCAUUGGAUGCAAGAAGAACCUCAGAUGCUGACUUUUUAAAAACCUCUUCUGGAUCUUCGGAAGAAUUGAUGGGCUCGGACCGUGCAGUGAAAUCUGCAAGAGGUUCCAACAGAGCAAGGAAAAUACUUUCCAUGACAUUUAAUGGUGGAUUUGGAGGAUCAUCAUCUUCUCAGAACAACAAUGGAUCUUCUUCAUCAAAUCACAAUAAUUCCUCAAAUUCCAAACAAAGUAACAAUGACAAACGAAAAACUUUGUUGCAAAAAGCAAAAGGAAUUUUGGCUGGAAAUAGUGAAAAUACUUCUCAACAACAGCAACAAGCUCGAAGAACAUCCUCUGCUGAAAAUCUUGUUGCGAAUAAUAAUAGCAGCCCUGGUGGUGUUGGUGGAAACAAUCAACAACUCAGUAACAAUGGAAGUCAUACGAGCUCUUCGUCACUUUCCAGUCCACAAGCGGAUCGUAUUGUUCUUAUCAAACCUGUUGGCUGUCAGUCACCAGUUGCAGAUGCUCCUCAAUAUGGCCUUCCAACAUUACCUGGUUCCACAAAUACCAUGCCUUCUCUUCCUUUGUUCUUAGCAAAUAAGCCAUCUUCUACCAAUACUUCAUUCACAUCCGACAAUUCAGAUUUGUCUUCUUCAGAUUUAUCACCAAGUUUCUCUUCACAAGCGUCACCUCUUUCAAGAUCUACCUCAUUCAGAGAAUCCACAAGUGGAGGGCAGAACAACAGUGGUGGCCAUUCGACCUCAAUCAGAUCACCUCGAAAUAUGCUUUCAAAAUCUCAUUAUGAAGAUAAGAGACCAUUCCAUUACAAUCGAGAAACCAUUGAUUCCUUCCUCGAUGCUGAUGUGAAGGAACAAGGUAAACAAUCACACAAGAGAGUUCUUGUCAAUCCAAUGUCUUCACUUUCGGCCUACGAAGAACGUGACCUUGACAAAUUGACAUUUAUUUCACUCGAUAAAUACGAAGACAUGAAUGACAAUGAAGAAAUCGAAACAAUCAACAAGCUUUAUCGAUUACGGCCACUUCCACAAUGGGACACUAUCGAACAGGAAGAAUUAAAUUUCAUGUACAAGGCCGAUCGAGCAGUCCACGGAGAAGAAAUGUAUUUCAAAACCAAUCCAUUACCUAUUGUCAUUGGAAGAAAGAAAACAGAAAAACUUUCGAAUUGUUAUUUGGAUGAAGAACAAGAUCGAGAAGAAUUGGAAAAGCUACCAGAUUCUGUCGAUGGUUUGCGAUUACUCUUAUUGCAAAUGCAGAAAGAACGCCAAUUAUUGAAACAACAAUUAUUUUUGGGAAUGAAUGAAGAGUAUGCAAGCACAUCCACGAGUACAGUCAAGUGA